UAGAAGAUCAAUAGCCCUCGCAAAAAUUCAAGUUCUGUUGCACUAAAAUAUGCCUUGGUUAAAUUAGUGCAUAUGGCUUUUAGAGGUUGCAUUACUUGUAAAAAGCGGCUUAUACUGUAACGAACUGAUUUGCUUGGUCUGCUCGCUACGGAAUACGUGCGGUUAGCUCAGUAGAGCUUUGUGCGUUCGUCCCACCAAAUUUAUAGAAUAACGUGAUCACCCGGUUACCAGUAAUAACACUUGCAGUUUUCGUUCUUGGGUUUAUUCGUGCUUGGACUUGCAAUGAAAUCUGAUUAUCCGGCCGUAGUGCCGGAUGGAUCGUCCAACGGACUCGUUCCGCUGUCUCGACGCUCCCGUCGUCCUGAGUGGUGGACGCUUUGACCGUGGAGGAGGCGGUGGAGAUGGUCGUGGCGGCGGCAAUGUACAACCGCGUGAUGGCGACUGGAAAUGCAACAGCUGUAAUAACACCAACUUUGCCUGGCGCAACGAAUGCAAUAGAUGCAAGAUUUCCAAGGGCGACGACAAGGGAUCGAGCGGUGGUGGCGGCGGAGGCUACGACCCUGGAAAUGAUCGUGGAUCCGGCGGCGGUGGAUAUCAGAACAGAGAUCGCGGCGGAAGCUCGCAAGGAGGCGGCGGCGGUGGCGGCUACUCGCAAUUCAAUGACAAUGGCGGAGGACGGGGUGGCGGCGGCGGCAACCGCCGUGAUGGUGGUGGACCCAUAAGGAACGAUGGCGGCAUGCGUUCUAGACCAUAUUAAGCGCAUGCCAGCCAAUGGCGGCACCUAUUUUUUUCACUUUUACGUAUUAAUUGUAGCGAGUACCCCUUUAAAUGUACUUUUAAAUUUACCAGUCAGAGCCAAUUAUAAAUUAUAAUU